UCACAAUAUGUUGUUGCGACUUGCAUCAUCAUUGCCGGGUCGUUUGGUGACCACCAAUAUUUCAACUUCAGCCAAGCAGGUGUUGUUGGCUCCACGAUUGAUUAAGCCCAGCAACAAUAAUGUUCUGGUGCGCAAUUAUGCCCGUAGUCCACGUGAAAAUCACAUUGUGCGCGGUGAAGUGCGUACCCGUGGUCCAACUUUGAAGGAACGUUUGAUGGCUCCACCAUCGGCUAAUGCUUACUCCUUGGGUAAAGGCGCUGCCGCCGGUGCUGCUGGUGUCGGUCUGGGUGCAUUGUGUUACUAUGGUCUGGGUUUAAGCAGCGAGGCCAGUAUUCAAAAUAACUCAAUCCUCUGGCCCCAAUAUGUGAGGGAUCGCUUGCACACCACCUAUGGCUACUUUGGUGCAUCCUGUGUACUUACCGCUCUCUCAGCAGCUGCUGUUUUCCGUUCACCACGCCUUCUGGACUUAGCAACACGUGGUGGGUGGUUGUCAACAUUGGCCACAUUUGCCUUGGUUAUUGGUACGGGUGCCAUGACACAAUCUAUACAAUAUAAAGAGGGUUUGGGUCCCAAACAAUUGUCCUGGUUAGUACAUUGUGCUGUUUUGGGCGGUGUUAUUGCUCCAUUAUGCUUCUUGGGUGGUCCUUUGCUAACACGUGCCGCUAUUUAUACCGGUGGUGUUGUCGGUGGUCUAUCCACUGUGGCCGUUUGUGCUCCAAGUGAUAAAUUCUUAUAUAUGGGUGGCCCACUGGCCAUUGGUCUUGGCUUGGUAAUGGCUUCAUCGUUGGCUGGCAUCUGGUUGCCACCAACCACAGCUUUGGGAGCAGGUUUGGCUUCCUUGUCCUUAUAUGGUGGCUUGAUUUUGUUCAGCGGCUUCUUGCUCUAUGAUACACAACGUAUUGUACGCAAAGCUGAGGUAUAUCCCCAAUACUCCAUGCAGCCAUUUGAUCCUAUUAAUGCGAGCCUCUCAAUUUACAUGGAUGCCUUGAAUAUUUUCAUUCGCAUUGCAAUGAUUUUGGCUGGCGGUGGCGGUAAUCGCCGCAAGUAAAUUUAUUGUUUUUUGCU